UGUUCCCCGGCGAGGCUGCCGGGUGGAUAAGGCGGAGGAAUGAAGAGUGGAGUGCAGGCUGGAGAGGGGGACGUACAGCCAUGUCUGCGGCCGCGCUCCUAAUCCGGUCCUGGCGCGGGGUGAGCGGCUGCUGGGCCCCCGGAGCCGGGAUACGAAGACUUUCCUCAAUUGCAGAUCCAGAGAUCAAAGUUUGUGUUAUUGGUAGUGGCCCAGCAGGUUUCUACACUGCACAGCAUUUACUGAAGCAUCACAAAUCCACUGUGGUUGAUAUCUAUGAAAAACUGCCUAUUCCAUUUGGCCUUGUGAGAUUUGGCGUUGCUCCUGACCAUCCAGAAGUGAAGAAUGUUAUCAACGUGUUCACCCAGACGGCACACCUUAGUCGCUGCUCAUUUUAUGGAAAUGUUACUGUUGGGAAGGAUGUAAGCAUUGAGGAACUGAAACAGGCAUACCACGUUCUGGUAUUGAGCUAUGGAGCUGAAACUAAUCGGAUACUUGGAAUUCCUGGGGAGAAUCUACCAGGUGUAUACUCUGGAAGAGCAUUUGUGGGCUGGUAUAAUGGUUUACCUGAGAACAGAAAUCUGAACCCAGACUUGAGCAGUGAGACAGCAGUCAUUGUGGGACAUGGAAACGUGGCAUUUGAUUUAGCCAGGAUUCUCCUUUCUCCCAUUGACCUACUUAAGAAAACAGAUAUCACUGCAAAUUCUCUGGAGGCAAUAGAAAAUAGUAAGGUGAAGCGGGUGAUAAUUGUUGGGAGAAGAGGACCUCUCCAGGUUGCAUUUACCAUAAAGGAGCUCCGUGAGAUGAUGAAGUUGCCAGGUACUCGUUCGUUGCUUGAUCCUAAUGAUUUUGAGGGGCUCAAACAUGUUGUUAAAGACCUGCCAAGGCCAAGGAAACGGCUGAUGGAACUGUUGAUUAAAACUGCUCUUGAAAAUAAUUCUGGGAAAGAAGCUGAGUUCCAAGCAGCAGCUACUAAAGAAUGGAGCCUUCGAUUCCGGCGAAGCCCCUUGGAGAUUAUUCCAAGUAAUGACGGAGAACGUGUGGGUGGGAUUCGGCUGUCUGUCACCAAGCUGGAGGGUUCAGCAGAAUCUGCAGUGGCCAUUCAGACAGAAGAUGUUGAAGAUCUGGAGUGUGGAUUAGUGCUGAGCAGCAUUGGCUACAAAAGCCAUCCGAUUGACCCCUCUGUUCCAUUUGAUCAGCAGCAAGGGGUUAUCCCAAAUAAGUUGGGACGUGUCCUGCAUGCACCAGGCAUGUACUGCAGUGGCUGGGUAAAAAGAGGACCAGUAGGGGUCAUCGCAAACACAAUGAAUGACGGUUUUGAAACAGCCGAAUCUGUUCUGGAAGAUGUACAAUCAGGAAUACUGGAUGUAUCUGCUUUGAAAGGAGGGUAUAAAGUAAUUGAGGCCUUGCUUAAGCAAAGAGGUAUCUGCCCAGUUUCAUUUUCUGGAUGGGAAAAAAUUGACUCUUCUGAAGUGACAAAAGGAGAAAAAGUGGGCAAGCCCAGAGAGAAACUACUAACUGUGAAAGAGAUGCUGGAAGUGGCCAAUCAGUAACCAAGCUGCCAAAUGAAGAGAUUCAUACUGAUAUCUACAAAGUACACACUGUCCUGCCUUUGAACAUUGUUAGUGGCUGAUUUAAUGGAGAAAUAUUUUUUGGUCUUUGUAAAACAGAGACAGGAUCAUAAGAUUCUCUUUAAAAAAAAGUCUGUGUCUAUGAGAAAUGGUUACAAAGGUUUGCUGCUUUGAAAUUGAAGUAUUAUUUCAAUUUUUGUUGAGAACAUUUUUACCAGUUCUUAAACAUUUUCAGCAGAAAGAACUUUUGAUGGUGCUAAACUUGACUUCCUCCAGUGUAGAAUAAGACCAGCUUUUUCCUGACUUGAAGGAUUGCCCCCUAAUUUGCAUUUUCUCUUUGCCAAUUGACUACUCAGUUUUGAGAGCUGGCAUCUUCAAUUUUCUUCCUGUGCCAAGGCUACUGAUCUAUGAUAUUUCACAAAAUAGAAAGCUCUGAGGUGUAGAAAUAGCAGCUAAUGAAAAUUAUGUUGAUUAUUGUUAUACUAGAAUUUACAUUGCCUUAGGACUUACUGUGUUUUAUCAAGGAAAUAUGGACAUUGUAUGUAAGGUGCAUUCUGGCGAAAGUACUUGUUCUGUGCUAUUUUUGUUCCAUGGUUCUGUGUUCUGUGUUGCUUUAAUGUUACGCUACAGUGAUUUAAAUACUAAACUUAUGACUUUGGAUCUUUUAUGUUACUUAUAUCUUUUAUGAAACAAUUGAUAAUUUUUUUUGCCUUACUCAUUUAUCCUUGCGUAUUUUUCCCACUACACUAAUUCUUAUUGUUCAUAGUUAUGUAAAUCAGACUUGACUCUUUUACUUUGACCAGUUUUGAUCGGCUUGGAGUCCAAUUUAUUGCCAUGAAUAAGGAAGUAGGGAGUUACGAAGUUUAUUAAGCAAGGUACAAGUCAAAAUAGAAAUUUAAUCUCCUUUAAAAUUGUGAACACCUGUUAUGUAUGAACUCUAAACAAAUAAUGAAAUAUUUACUGCUAUCAUUUCAUUUUAUGUUGGGCCAGGUAAUGUUGGAUCUGGUCAGCCACACCCAGCUUGGCCAGUGGUGUCCUCCUGUGAGUAGGUAGUUUCGAAGGCUUAUUCCUGAUGGGCUUUGAAAUGGCAAAGCCUCGUGUGAGGUUCUUGCCUUUUGACAGAAUUGCCAAGAAUUUUAACAGACUUCUAAGAUUGAAGUAAGUAAUUAAGAACAAACUAAUAAAAUCAUUUAACAUACAUCAAAGUUGCUGGUGAACGCAGCAGGCCAGGCAGCAUCUAUAGGAAGAGGUACAGUCGAUGUUUCAGGCCGAGACCCUUCGUCAGGACUACUAAAAUCAUUUGGUGCUUCCUAAUGCUUAUGCCUGUAAUCCCUUUGGAUUUUAUUGUUGUCUUGGAUCAUAUGUCAAAUUUCAUGUGCGUUCCAUUAAGGAAAGUCUCUGCCAUUGAACCAAAUUGUGUUCAGUGACAAACCUUAGUUACAACACAAAUGCUAUGAGGGUUUGAAGGUUUGAAAUGGGCUAAUUUUAAUUCAGUUAAACCAUCUCAGACACUGGUUUCUCCUGCAACUCAGUGUUGAUUUGAACUUCAGUUGAAAUUCAGUGAAUUGUCUUUCACUCACCUGAGUGUCCAAGACAAUGAUGUGGAGUUGUAAUAUAUGCCAACUGGAACUCUUUUAGUACUUUGGUCUGUUGAGCACAAUCAACCCUACAAACAAAAGCAGUACAUAUCGGCAGUUCAGAACUGCUGUUUACUUCUACAGAAAUGGCUGUAUUUCAGUUAACAUCUUUACAGAGCAGAAGUACACGUUGCCAGCUGGAAACAUACCUCUCCCAGUGAAUUGGACUUCCAGUGAUCCUGGAGAGCCAUUGAAACUUAGCCCAAACAAAUGGUAUGGAAGUUACUUUUUACUGCUUGUCUGCUGUGUAUGGAUAGGUGGUUUCAUUGUAUUUCCAAAAGGUAGAGCCAACUGCACAAGACUGCUCUAAGUUUGUUAUUCACACCAGUCUUGCCCAAAACGCCUGAUGUGGGAAUGAGAAAUAACCAUGUCAUAGCAGAUUCCCAUAAGAUGUAAUUACAUUAUAGUUGGGGGAGUUUUAUGAAUAAUCAACAUUUUAUCUUGGAACUUUCACAGAGUAUGAUGGUUGUUUGGAAGUGGUUCAUACUGAGCAUAAUUUAUUCACAUUACUAUCCACUUUUGAAAGUUUUUGACUACAAGCAAAUGAAUUUCUAAAAUGCAAAUGUGUGUGCAAGUGGAAAGCCAUGCUUCCAUACAUCUACAAGCAGCUUCUGUUACAUUGAAGGUUCGGGGAUGGUUGGCUAAGUCUCAUCCUGGUUCAGCUUCAGCUAGAGGAACCCUUUAUCCUCGAAUGGAUCAAUAAGUUUUAUGACAUAUUGGGAAACCUGAAAUUAAAUCUGGCAUUUUAAGUUAAUGGGCUUCUACUACUGUACAUUGAUUUGGGCUGGAAGAACUCAGCAGAUCCAGCAGCAUCUGUGGGAGGCAAGAAAUUGUCACUGUUUCUCGUCAAAAUCCUGACACAGCUUUCGACCUGAGACAUCAUUAAUUCCUUUCCUCCUACAGAUGGUUGACCCAGUAAGUUCCUGCAGCAGAUGCUUUGUUGCUCCACAUUCCAGCAUCUACACCAACUUUGGGUAUCCAGUCUAGUUGUGGAUUACUGAUCUAUUUCCUGUAAAGAUGAAAACAUAUUAAUAUGGGUACCCUGUAAGAAAUAAUAGGUUAGCACUAUUCCCAUUUGCACACCCACAGUUGAAGCUGGGUUAAAUCCCCUAGUCAAUGUGUACAAGAAUAUUCCCUUCUGUGUUGGCUUGGUUAGUUGGUUCUUAAGAUGCAGUUCAGCAGGCAAUUGACAACACUAUCUCUGAUACUGCAACAUAUUAUUUUUCUGAAAACACUUACAUUUUCUGACUUGAAAUUUACACUAACAUGCAGGUUUGCUUGGUAAGCUCUAUUCACACCCAGUUCUUGAAGAAGGGGUCGGGCCUAGAAUGAGCUGAGAUUUGGAAAACGUGACAGCUUGUAAAACAGAAAUUGCUGGAACUGCUCAGCAGCUCAGGCCAGACCUGUGAAGAGAAACGAUCAAUGUUUCAGCCUGCAGAUGUGUUGUCAGGACGGGGAAGAUGGCAAAAGAAGCCUGUGAAGUUGCAGGGCGGGUGGAGAAGGGGGGCAUGAC